AUGACAUCAAAUAAUACAGGAGAAAAUGGUACAUCAGUAAUAUUCAGGACAAACGGUAUUUUUGUUUCUUCGACUUCACUUCAUCCUUCUACAACGACAUCGACAAAUAAUAAUAAUAAUAAUAAUAAUAAUAACAACAACAACAAUAACAAUCAUUACGAACCAUUAGCCGGCGAUAUGCUUGACGCUGAACUUGAUUCGGAUCCUCAAAUGUCCGAUAGUGAACUUUCAUGGCAAUCUGUAACUGAUGUUGAUAGUUUAACAGCUACCAAUCAUUGGCGUGGUUGGAAACAACAAACUACGACAACAACAUCAUCACUAACAAUUAAAAACACACAUAAUUCAUCACCACCAAUAAAUUCAAUAAAAUUAUGUUUUUCUUCAUUAGAUACAUCAAAUGAAGAUCGAAUUCCUACAUUAGUUGAUUUAAGUGCAAAAACAAUUGCACGACAUAUACCAUUUGAAUUAGUUGAACGUUAUAAUCAACCUGAACAACCUGUACCAGAAAAUUUACAACUGAAAAUAGCUUUUUGGAGUUUUCCUGAUGGAAUUGAAGAUAUUCGUUUAUAUACAUGUGUUGCAAAUGGUAGUACCGAUGAAUUUGUUAAAGCUGAAGCAUUACAACAAGCAAAAGCUGUACAACAUAUGUUACAAAUUGGUUUUCAUUUAAGUGCACAAGUUUAUGAAAUAAAUUCAAUGACAAAUACAACGAAAAUAGCAACACAAUAUUAUCAUGUAUCAAUUAUAUUUGAUAGAAAAAAAAUUACAUCAUGUCAUUGUACAUGUAAUAAUUCAAGUUCAUGGUGUUCACAUAUUGUUGCUGUUUGUCUGUGUCGGAUAGCACAACCAGAGAAUUGUUGUCUUCGAGCACCAGUUUCUGAAUCAUUAUCACGACUUAAAAUUGAUCAACUACGGAAAUUUGCACAAUAUCUCAUUUGGGAAAUUCCUCAACAAUUCUUACCUAAAGCUCAAAGUUUAUUAGAUGACUUACUUAGUGAUAAACCAACAAAUGUGAAUAUGUUACAAGGAGCGCCAGAUCCAACAGCUGGUGGUCUUUCUUCGGAUAUAUCUGUUUGGUUUUUAGAUGAAACAAGUUUACAAGAAAAUAUUACAAAAACUUUACAUCGUUUUUGUCAACCAACACCACAAGUUGUUGGUGAUGUAACCUAUUUAACAAGUCCUCCUAUCUUAGCUACAACUGAAUAUUCAAAUCUUUUACGUCCAUUACGUGGUCGUGAACCUGAAGGUAUGUGGAAUUUAUUACAAAUCGUUCGUGAAAUGCUUGCUCGACAUGAUCUUAAUGGUACUCAAUUACUUGAUAUUCUUACUCGUCAAUGUCUUGCUCAAGAACAAAUCAUGCAAUGGUGGUUUACAACAAAAGUUUCCAAUGUUUAUAAUGAACGUGGUACAAAUGGCUUAAAACCUCAUAAUACAUCAUUAGUUCAACAAGCAAGUUCAGCUUUAUGUGAUGAAAUUGUACAAAUUUGGCGUUUAAUUGCACUUAAUCCACGUUUAAAUAAUAAUGAACGUAAUAUAAUUUAUAUGAAAUUAUGUUCAUGGCAUUUAUCUAUAAUUGAACGUAUAUGUAAACAAAAAACUACAACAACAAAUAUAUCAACAACAACAAAUGGUGUUUAUACAACAUCAACAAUUAAUUUAAAUAAUGAUAGAACAUUAAAUCAAAAACGACGUGAUAUUGAUAUAUUUCCUGGAUUUUUACCAGCUAUUGAAGUUUGUCAAAUUGAUUGGAAUAAUUGUCCAUAUUAUUCAAAUAAAAUUGAAGAAUAUAAUCCUAAUAAUAAUAAACGAUUAUGGUCUGAAUAUAUUCGUUCAUAUGAUGAAUUAUUAACUGGUGGCUAUUCAAAAUUAAAUUCUAAUAUAAAUUUUAAUUUAAGUAUUCAACAACAAAUAAUAUCUAAUCCAAUAUUAAAUACUCAUGAAGAAAUUAAUUCAAUUGCACCUGAUAGUGAAAUAAUUGAUAAUGAUGAUGAAAAAUGUCAAGAUAUUGAUAGUGGUGAAGAAUCAUGUGGUGGAAUUAAUAUUGAUCAACAAUCAUCAUCAAAUAGUAGUGAUGAAUGUCGAAUUUAUUUUGCUGAUCAACAGUCAUUAACUAAAAUUCAAGAAAUAAAUCGAACAACAACAGUUGAACCAUAUUUAUUUAAAAUAUUAAAAAUCAUUAAUGAUCCAUUACAAAUUGCAUUUGUUCGAUGUGAAGCAUUACGUAUACAUGGUUAUCAUGAUGAAGUAUUUAAACUUGCUAAAGAAUUAGCUAAUUAUAUGCUUAAUAAUGAAGAAUAUUCAUCAUCUUCUCAAGCUUAUUUGGAUGUUCAUAUAUCAGAUUAUGCACAAUCUCCGAUAGCUCGUUGUGCAUUUCUAUGUACAAUUCUAAAUGAAUCACCUGAAUAUCAACAACUUGCAUUUCGUAUUGGUUUACUUGGUCUUGAAAUAUGUCGUAUGCCAGCAACAACAAAAGCACUUGAAGUACGUUUACUUAAUUGUGAACAAGAAAUAUGUCAAGAACUAAAAAAAAUAACUCUUGGACAAAAUGAAAUUGAUAUACUACGACAACGUGCUGAACAUUUAUGUACACGUCUUUUAAAUACACGUGAUGACGGAAUUUUAUUACCACUUAGUUUAGCAACAUAUAUAUUUGAAACAUUAAGAUCACUUAGUUUAUAUCGUAUAAAUAUGAAUUCAAAUUCAAAUUUAUCAUUGUCACAAAAUUUUUCUAUAUUAUCAUCUCUAGAAAGUAAUAAUCAGCAUAAUGAUUCUGAUGAAUUACUUGCAUUUGAUACAGCUAUUUGUGCACUUGGAGCUAAAUGUUAUAUAUCGGAAGCUCAAAAUCCAAUAUUAUGUGAAGGUAUUCGUCGUCAACGUAGUGAUCUUGCACUUAAUUUAUUAACAUUAUAUAAAGAUGAUCAAGGACGUUUAAUACAAAUUCUUGAUAAAUUACUUGAUCGUGAUAUACAUGUUUUAUUUAAAAAUCCAAAUAUAAAUCCAUUUAAUGUUGGUUCGAAGAAACUUAAUCAAAUAUCAACAUUAUCACAACAAACAAAUACAAAUUCAUCAUCAUUAUUAUCAUCAUCAUCUUCAUUAUCAAAUCGUUCACAACAUAAAAAAUUAUUAACAACAGCAACAACAACAGCAUCAAAUAUGAAUGGUGAACAAUUAACUGAAAUUGAUAGUUCUGGUUUAGAUGAAAGUGAAGGUGAAAAUUUUGAUCAAAAAGCUUGGGAAGCAAAAUUUCGUUGUUUAAAUUUAAAAACUAGUUCAAAACGAAUAUCAAAUGGUUUCACAAGUAUUGAUAGUAGUGCACCAGAAACAAAUUCAAGUGACAAUUCACCAACUGUAUCACGUCGAAAUAUUCGUAUUUCAUCAUCCAAAGCAAAUGCUGAUUCAGAAAGUGAUAGUGAACGUGAUACAAUACAACGAAAUGGUUAA